GAAUCAUAAUAACUUCAGAGACACACAGGGUCAGCGGUAAUGACGUAGGCAUGUUGUUCAACUUCGAGCGUUCAGCGCAUCUAUCGCGCGCCUGAGCAAGUUGGUGAAGACACUGAAGCUUUCAACCAGCAGCGCUGUAGGCUCCUCCGCUCUUAUGAAGUACAUUGAUGUCGAAAGCGAUGGUGUGCUCGUAAUGUCAGCACUUGAUUCAAAGGCAGCUGUAACGGCUUCCUUGUCUGGACUCAAUCUCAAGAGCAGUUCUUUCCAGUAGUUAACGAACACUCUUGCACGUAGAAACAUUACCACUGUCAUCACAUUCUUAGCGUUCAUCUGACUGAGAUCCAUAGUCUGGGACCUUCACUAAAUAUGUACCAGGGGCAUUUACAGGGGAAAGACUCUAGGGCUGCAGAUAAGACUGUUGCCAUGGUCCUGAAGGAGAUACCCAAUAAGGCAUCCUCAGAAGGCAAACCCCUCCUCACGGUGACAAACAAGCUGGUGAGUGAGCAACAAGAGAGCCGUCCCUUGCUGAGCCCUUCAAUCGAUGACUUCCUUUGUGAGACCAAAUGUGAUGGAGCUGCCCGCCCAGUAACCUCCAACAUAGCAGUGCUGUCCUCCUCUUUGGACCUGCUGGAUCUGAGUGAGCCUGGUGAGAGAAGACACAACAAAGACAGGAAGAACCCGCUUUCUUCUAAGGGCACACCGUACAGGAAGAAUUCUGAUGAAAAAGAACUGAUCCAGGUGGACGUAGAACAGAGUAUACCCUGCUCCCACACACCUGAAAAAGUUUCAUUGGACCCAGUAGCAGUUUCAUCUUCAUUGGAGAAAUGGGAAGAACUCAACACCCAUCCAGAGCAAAAUGGUAGCAGAAAGUGGAAAUUUGAGAGAAGACGUUCAUCAAAGAAUUCUGGGGAAUUUGUGUGGUCCAUGGAUUGCAAGACACUAGACACAGUCCCCAGGAACUCCAUGGAGGUAAAUAAUAAAGUAGAGGCAGAAGCUGCGCCAGUAACACAACUCAACAGGCAAUUUGUUAGUGGAAGACAUGGCCGUUUAAGCAAAGACCAAAGGUGGGGCAGCACACUACUGUCCAGAAACCAGUCUCUGGAGGAAGAGUUUGAGAGAGCCAAAGCUGCAGUAGAGUCAGACACAGAGUUUUGGGAUAAGAUGCAAGCAGAAUGGGAAGAGCUCACUCGGAGGAACUGGCUAACAGAGAAUGAGUGCCCACAGAUUCCCUCCAAUGUGUCUCCUUAUGAAAAGGGAUACUACUUCCAUACAGAUAACCCUUUCAAAGACUGGCCUAAUGCUUUUGAGGAGGGUUCACGGAAGUCGAGAGAGGGAGACCUGCCUAACGCUGUGCUGCUUCUGGAAGCAGCUGUCUUGCAGGACCCUCAGGAUUCUGAGGCUUGGCUGGUGCUGGGAACCACACAAGCAGAGAAUGAGAAUGAGCAGGCAGCAAUUGUCUCCCUCCAGAGGUGUCUGGAAAUUCACCCCAAUAACCUCCAGGCCCUCAUGGCACUGGCAGUGAGCCUAACCAACACUGGCAUGAGGCAGGAGGCGUGUGAGGCUCUGCUGGGCUGGAUAAGGCACAACCUCAAAUACAAACAUCAUCUGAAGAGCCGCACGCACCUGCAGGGCUCACCUGGAUCACGGAAACUCUCAUAUCCCUCCUCAACUGGCUGCCCCAUUCUGCCUGAGGUAAAGGAGCUCUACCUGGAUGCUGCCCAGCAGAACUCAGACACUAUCGACCCAGACCUGCAGACUGGGUUGGGCGUGCUGUAUAAUCUCAGCUCUGAGUUCAACAAAGCAGUAGAAGCUUUCAAUGCUGCACUGUCAGUGCGGCCUGAGGACUACCUGCUGUGGAAUCGGCUUGGGGCAACGCUGGCUAAUGGAGAUCGCAGUAAGGAGGCAAUAGAGGCCUACACCAGAGCCCUGGAGCUGCAGCCUGGCUUCAUUCGAUCACGUUACAACCUGGGCAUCAGCUUCAUUAACAUGGGUGCUCACAGGGAGGCAGCCAGGAACUUCCUGACAGCUCUGGGUCUGCAGAGGAAGAGCAGGAGUCGGCAACUUUCACACCAGGUCAUGUCUGGAAACAUCUGGGUGGCCCUGCGUAUAGCACUGUCCAUGCUGGACCAGCCUGAGCUCUUCCAGGCUGCCAACAUAGGGGACCUUGACUUACUCAUGAAAGCUUUUAACCUGGAUAUGUGAGCAAGUAAACUCUUUAACCUUGGCAAAAAUCCAAAGUCCUUUAAGAGAAGAACUUUGCUGGAAAGCCAAAAUUUGGUACAGACAAUAAAGUUUUGUCUCCGCAGAGCACCUUUAUGUUCUUAAGAACUGUGAGUGGUGGACGAUACUAUUUUAAUGGAUUUGCACUGCAGUUUAUGAGUUCCCAAAAGAGCACAAUGCCGGGCGAAGAUUGUACGAGUAUGCCUUAGAAAAUAUAAACCUGCAAUUUAAACAGUGGAAGCCAGUGGAAAAUGGUAUUAGUCAGACACACUUUAUGUUAGGUGGCCCUAACUACUAUGAACUAACAUUAAAUACAUACAAGACUAUGUAUUUAAUGUGUAAAUGCAUGUUGUCCUGCAAAAUGCACACAUUUGCUGCUACUGAGAUUGAGGUACAGGAAGGUUUAGGAGUAAGGGUAGGGUUAGGGGUUAGAAUUAGGUUUUGGGGUAAGGGUUGGGUUAAUGGUAAAGUUAACAGUAUAACUACAAAUGUAAUUAAAUGCAAGUUCUUUAAAUGUAAUUACAAUGCAACAACAUGUAUGUACAUAAUAAGUGUAUCAAAUAGUUAAGUACAUAGUAGUUUACGCCACCUAAUACAAAGUGGGUUCGAAUAGUCUCUGAAAUGGUCCAUUUCCACAAUUGACCAGAGGAACCCACGUGCAAGAAAAGCAUUGUUUCAAUCCCCAGAGGACAUCCUCAAUCUAUAAUGACUUGAUUAGAAAUGUACUUUAUAGACUUCAUCUGUUGGUUCUCAUGCACUCUAUAUUUGAGAUGGUGGGGCUAUUUUAAAAGAGACUGAAGUAUUUUUGGUGGCACUUAGUCAAACCCUGGACACUCCCCACCUGAUCUUUGCUGCAUCAUCCCUUUAUUUCCUGGAGCUUGCAGACCAGAUUACAUAGCCUUACUUAUCCUGCAUGGAAAAAGGUUUUAUUAGUAUGUUAUCAGAUAAAAGGCAUUCCUUACCAUACUUUGACCUCUUGAUAUAACUGGGGGGAAAAUCAGUUACAUCAAGAUCUUUUUGUGAAACAUUCCGUUUCUUAAAUUGUUAUAUUAAUUAUUUUAGUAGAUACACACAUGAUGCAGAGAAUUCAGAUUUACUGCCCGUUUUGCCUGAAAUUACUGCCUGAAUUUCACUAGAAAAAAGUAACUCUGUUUGAAAGUAACUGCCCAAAAUCUAAGAUAAAACCCUGCCAGUUUUCGAGAUGUAUAUAGAGUUCAGCAUCAUGUUUUAUGCUCUAAUACUCUCAAUAACAGCUUUUCCACCAGAGGGCUGAACAGAUCACGAACCAUACCAUUUAAGACCCAGUUCUUUCUCCACUGUGGUGCUGGAAAAUCAGGAACAGGGACUAAAAACAGUUCAAGUAACAAUAAUGAAAAUCAAUUAAUUGUUUUGCAUAAUGUAACCAUAAAUGGGAACAAAAUCCCUUUAAAUUUUUUGGGAGUGAAACCUUUAUUUUAAAUUCUGGUAAAGAUCAAAGGGUUUAUCACAGUACAUUUUUGGAAUAACACCACUGUUCCUUGAAAAAAAAAAAUUAGGCAUCUCUUUUUAUACUGUUUCUGCUCAGAACAAGUAUUUAGAUUUUAGUCCCUGGAUCAGUAAUGCACAUAAGAAAUACAUUAGUUGGCGAUUGCAUGAUAGGUAAUAUUGUAGCGAGGUAAAAGUUCCCAGAAUAGUUAAAAAAAGUUACAUUUUGACAAAAUGUUAUAUGAAUAAUAUAUUGAUAUAUUUUAUAUGAGGUUUAAUGAACUAGCUAGAGUAAUGAAAAAGGCAUGUAGAAUUUUUUUUUACUAUAUUAGUUAAACCAUCAUUAUUAAAUUAUAAGAUACACAAAAAAUAAACAACUUUUUAUACAUUUUUAUUAACUUCACCCAAAUAUUAUCUAACUUUCCCAAUUAACUUGGCAAAUUGACAAUCAUUCCACCAGCACAGUUAAGCGUGGUUAAGCACGGAUAGCCUACCUGCAGAGAAAUCCAGGCCAAGAAUGGUUUGCAAUCGUACCUUGCCGAACCGUGCUCAAGUGGAAAUGCUACUGGAACCGUCUGGCCCGAUGGUGGAAAAGCACUUAAUGUUACUCACAUAAGCUUAUUGUGGUUGACGUCUAGCUUGCAUGAGUUUUAAUUUUGCUCGUUGUGAACACACAAGUGCUUAGUGUCGCAUACAUGCUUCAAGAAAAGUACAUAGAAGUUCAUAGAUACAGAUUUUCUUUCCUCAUUCAGCCAAAAACAGAAGAAAAGACAAAGAACUAAGACACCAGAAAGUUUUACUUGCUUUGUCAACUGGUUCACAAAAUGUGAUCUUCAAAGCAUGCAAGAUUCAUUUAGGUAUUGAUGAUGUAUGAUUCUUAUUUAAAAAGUCAGUGAUCCAGCUGAUUUUUAGUAACUUACAUUUUCAUUCUUCGUACACAAAUUGCAAGAAUUCAUUAUAAAAACCUUAAUGAAACCUUCAUGAAAUGAAGCCAUUCAAGCAUCCAUAAUCAAGUGUUAUUUAUUUUAUAUAUUGAAUUACUGUGCUAUGUAUUUACUUUAGUAUUCUGUGUCCAAAAUAUUUGGAAAGCCCAGUAUAUGCUCAUUGAUACAGUUAAGAAAGACUUGUGUUUUGUAGCUGAAUGCUAUAGAUUAUGUCAUGCAAAAACUCCCCUUUUUAGAACUUCAUACAAUCUCAGGUGUGAUCGCCUAGAUGAAUUCAUGCUCCAAAAGUACUCCUGAUGUGAGAAGACUGCAUGCUGAAAAUACUUUUCUGAAUGCUGUAGAUUUAUUUAUAUGCACGAACUUGACAUGCCUAUUUUAAUCUAUACCCUUCAUUUCUAUGACUUGUAUUUCUCUAUAAUCACAAUAUUUUAAAUAUUCUAAAGAAUAGCAUAUAAUCGUAACAUAUAGAAAUAACAAGGAGUUUUUUUUAAAUGCAGUGGGUAAUCUGAAUAAGACAUUAUUUAUAGUCAUAUAUAUUACUACUCUUGGAAUAGCCAGAUUUACUAAAGCCUUCAUUAUUCAAACCAUGAAUCAGAGACUCAAGUAACACAGCCAUUAUGCAUACAUUAUGCAUCAAUCAGAACUGUGUUUCUGAUUUUGUACAUGCAAACUGAAUCUGAAUGUUUGACAAAGGCUUCAUUAACUCUGGCCCAAUAUUUAAACAUAGCAAAAGAAGAUCCAGCAAACAUAUACAAAAGUUAUCUUUUAAAAUAAAAUAU